CCUCGGUCUCCCGUCUUUUGUCCACUCCGCGGCGGGCGCGCUGGUUCGUGAAGCUGCCCGUCCACCAUGCUGCGCGCGCGGUCUCCAUGAAAACUCUCCAUGAUAACAAGGAGGAGGAGGAGGAGGAGGCGGGGUCCGGCGGCCGCGCCAUGGAGGACAAGGAGAAGGAGCUGAAGGCGGCGCGGCUGUGCAGGGACGCCGCCCUCCGCUCCAGGAAGCUGCGGCGCGACCUGCGCCAGCUCACGCUGAGCUCCGAGGACAACCGCAUCGUCCUCCCGGAGGACAUCGCCGAGGUGGAGGCGCUCAACCUGGGCAACAACUCGCUGCAGGAGCUGCCGGACGGGCUGGGCUCCAGCCUCAACAAUCUGCGCGUCCUGGUGCUGCGCAGGAACAAGUUCUCCUUCGUCCCCCAGGUGGUGUUGGAGCUGGUGCGGCUGGUGGAGCUCGACAUGAGCCACAACUGCCUGCGCAGCCUCCCCGAGGAGCUGGGCCGGCUGCCGGCGCUGAAGAAGCUCUGCGUCAGCCACAACAAGAUCCAGAGUCUGCCGGCUCAGAUCGGAGCGCUGCAGUCCCUGGAGGAGCUGGACCUCAGCUUCAACGAGCUGCACCGCCUCCCCGCCUCCUUCUCCGGCCUCGCCAAGCUGCGGACCCUGGACGCGGAUCACAACAAGCUGAACCGGUUCCCCCCCGAGAUCCUGGCCCUCGGCGAGCUGGAGGAGCUGGACUGCUCCGGCAACAAGUUCGAGGCGUUGCCGGCGGACGUGAUGAAGCUGCGCUCCAUCAAGAUCCUGUGGCUCAGCAGCCUCCACCUGUCCUCGCUGCCCGACACCUUCUGCCUCCUGCUGCACCUGGAGAGCCUGAUGCUGGACGGCAACGAGCUGUCGGCGCUGCCCGCGGCGUUCGGCCGCAUGCAGAGACUCAAGAUGCUCAACCUGUCCUCCAACGAGUUUGAGGACUUCCCCCAGGUGAUCUUGAGCAUCGCGGGGCUGGAGGAGAUCUACCUGAGCCGGAACAAGCUGACGCAGCUCCCGGAGGACGUGGGCCGGCUGGGGCAGCUGGCCAACCUGUGGCUGGACAACAACAACAUCACCUACCUGCCCGACUCCAUCGUGGAGCUGCACCGGCUGGAGGAGCUGGUCCUCCAGGGGAACCAGAUCGCCAUUCUUCCAGAUGACUUUGGGAAUCUGUCCAAAGUGAACAUCUGGAAGGUGAAGGACAACCCCCUGAUCCAGCCUCCCUACGAGGUCUGCAUGAAGGGGAUCCCCUACAUCGCGGCCUACCAGAAGGAGCUGGCUCAGGUGCAGCUCGCCGUGAAGCCGCGCCUCAAACUGGUCUUGAUGGGGAUGACCAACGCCGGGAAAACCCUGCUGAGGCGGAGCGUGGCGAGCCUGCAGCGGGACCUCCGGGGCGCCCCGGGGAACAAAGGGGUGGAGGUCACGGACUGGGUGGCGGACGCCGAGCGCUGCCUCACCUUCCUGGUGUUUGAUUUGUCGGGGAAGCCAAAGUACGAGCUCAUCAACCCCUUCCUCCUGUCGCCCGGCGCGCUCUACAUCCUCGCCGUGAACCUUCGGACCUACUCGCCCGAGGACUUCUACGCCCACGUGGGGUACUUCCUCCACCUGCUCGGUGCCAAAGUGCCCCGCGCGGUGGUGUGCCUGGUGGGGACGCACGCCGACCUGUGCGGGGAGGCGGAGCUGGAGGAGAAGGGGCUGGACAUCCACAGGCAGAUCGGCCUGCAGGAGAAGAGCGACGUCCUGGCCCUGAGGAGCCGGGCCCUGCAGGUGGACCAGGCGCUGGAGCAGGGCUUCCACCUGCGCUCCUCCAGCCCCCACCUCCUCUUCUACGGCGUCUCCGACAGGAACCUGAGGCGCAGGAAGUCGCAGCUGCAGUACCUGCUGAACCACCGGCUGCAGGUCUUGUCCCCGGUGCUCAGCGUCAGCUGCACGGAGACCCAGAGGAACAUCCAGCGGCUGCGGGAGAAGCUGAUGUCCGUGGCCGAGCAGCGGGACAUCUUCCCCAACCUGCAGCGCGUGCUGCCGCGCUCCUGGCAGCUGCUGGAGGAGCUGCACUUCAAGCACCAAGACCUGUGGCUGUCGUGGUGGGACUCGGCCCGCCUGGGCCUGCAGGCCGGGCUCACCGAGGACCGCCUGCAGAGCGCCCUGACCUACCUGCACGAGAGCGGCAAGCUGCUCUACUUCGAGGACAGCCCCCUCCUGAAGGAGUACGUGUUCCACAACCUGCCGCGCUUCACCGCCAUCUUGAACGUGUUCUUCCAGGGGGACGAGUCCUCGCUGCUGGCCCGGCUGCUGGCCGAGGGGCGGCGGGGGGACAGGGGCCGGGUGAGCCUGGUGGUGGAGGACGAGAAGGGCGAGCCCCUGAAGGUGAGCCACCUGCAGCACCACCUGGAGGGCUUCCUCCAACACGGCCUGCUGCCCUCCAACGUCAUCCGCCUGCUGCUGCGCCCGCUCAUCCAGACGCAGCAGGACCUCCACCUGAUCAUGGAGCUGCUGGAGAAGAUGGGCGUCUGCUACUGCGUCAACAAGCCGCGCGGCCGGCCGCUGAACGGAGCCACGGCCUGGUACAAGUUCCCCAGCUACGUCAGCGGCGAGCCGCCGCGGGCGGAGGCCUCCGCGCUGCCGGCGUGCCCCGUGUUCUCCGUGGAGCAGCUGCACAUCCAGUACAGCUUCCCGCUGCUGUUCCCCCCCGGGCUGUUCGCCCGCCUCAGCGUGCAGAUCAACCGCCACGUGGUGCAGCGGGCGGACGGCCGGCGCCAGAUCCUGGCCCACCGCGGCAAAGUGCCCGUGGUCAUCAGCCACCGGGCGGCGCGCGGCGCGCUGCAGCCGGCCACGCUGUCCAUCGCCAGCCACGCCUCGCUGCCCAACAUGUGGACCGCCUGGCAGGCCGUCACGCCGCUGGUGGAGGAGCUCGACCUGCUGCUGCGGGAGUGGCCCGGCCUGCUGUACUCCGCCCACAUCCUGUGCCCCAAGUGCCUGAAGAGAGGCUCGGCCCGGCCGCACGGCUUCCCAGGUGAGCUGCUGAGCCAGCCGAGGCCUGAAGGUCUGACCGAGAUCAUCUGUCCUCAGAACGGGUCUGAGCGGGUGGACGUGGUCCUGGUCUACCCCCCCACCCCCACCGUGGUCAGCCCCUGUCUCAAAUGCUAAGUUACACAGCUGCAGCUCCACGGAGGAGAGAAAGAAGAGGAGGAGGAGGAAGAGGAGGUGAAGAAGAUCAGCCUGAGAUGACCUUUGACCUUGAGGAGCUUCAGUCUUUGAUCGUCUGGAUGUUUUUCACUGAGCGUGUAAAUAAUAUCUUUAUUUUUGUAAACAAAAGAACAAACAACAAUCAAGAGGCUUUAGAGCCGUGUGCAGACUAUCCUGGAGGAGCCCCCCCCCCCCCGACAGAGGAGCCCCCUACAGCUCGUUGUUGUUGUUGGCUGCUUGUUUUUCUUCCUGGACCUAAAUGUUUGUUUGUUUUAAUAAAGUUUAUUAUGAGAUCAAACUGAA